AUGCCAGGUCAAAAGCUGUACCCGCGAGCGACGGUCAAAAAGAUUGUCAAGGCUCACUCGAAUUGCAACGUGAGCAAGAACGCUGAUGUCAUGAUGUUUUUGGACUACAUGCUGUUCAUGCAAAAUCUCAUGAAAGAGGCGGCAAUUGAGGCCAAGAAAGGCGGCGAACGAGGUAUCACGGCGCGGAGCGUGAGGAAGGUGACCGCAGACUCGCUUGCCAGGUUCAGGGGAUGA